GAUUACGAAACGAAAUUUUGGGACGUAAACCAUUAAAGUACUUAGGUAUCGCUAAGCUUAUUCAAAUAUUAGGUAUGUUACAGAGUACAAAAGUUAGGCAAAACAAUUGUAGGUAAAACCACAGCAAAAUAUAAUUUGUACCAUAGAAGGCAGGAUAAUUUUAAAAUUCGCAAUAAAUUCUAAAAUUAUCCGUUUUUAGUCAGUAUCCUCUUAACAAACGAAUUGAUUAGUAGUUGAAACAAAUAAAACAGUUUUUUAAUGCUCAAAAUAAUAUUAAAUUAAUCAGUGAACAUGAGUUCUGAUUUUCUCUUGCUGUUUUGCUUAAGUUUCGGGUUUGUACAAAAUAUGUUAGUGUACGAAGAUGAAUUCCAUUAUAGAAUUGGGCGUAACAUGAAAUUAAACGACGACAAUACCCUCAAUUUUACAUUCCAUCCUCAGAACAAAUUAAAUAUGUUCGUAGUUUUGAAAAAUGUAACUGAAGAUCCGUCGAAACGCAUAUGGUUGGACUUGACAUAUACAACGGAUGAAAGAUCUUUAGUUAGUAUACUUACUUCGCCAAAAAAUGGAACAUUUUCUAUAGAUGAAGGCCUCUCGGACUUGAAGGAAAUUGACGUGACUCUACGGUUCUCAACAGUGGUAACCAAAAUUGCUACAGGACGCCGUGAUGAUUCGUUAUCCCUGUUAACUAAUCCUGGAGUUUGCCUCAGAGCACAACAAUGUUAUAUUGUGUUGAAUUCGUCAGAUAUCCUAUCCACAAGAAAACGUUCAUUCAGGAAACCUGGAAAGCAGCCUAAAGGUAUAAAACUAAACAAUACCGGUGUUAACGAAACUAUAGAAACAUCCACAGUCUUCGACACCGCAAGUGCCACCGAGAGGGAUCACAGAAAUGCAGAUCCUUCUAGUAACACAACCAUUAUAAUAUCCGUGGUUUCCGUCAUUGUGAUAAUUGCUGUGCUAGUUUUAGCAGCUUGGAAAUGUUUUAGAAAACAUAAAGCUGAAAAUGUCCCUCAACCACAGGACCUCACAAAUAGAUAUUACGAGAACAUAGCACUCCGGCGAAAAUCUGACGAUACUGAGAAUGCAUCACAACCUCAGAUCCAAGAAUCAGCUGAGGAGCCGGUUUAUGAGGAAAUUUAGCUCACACCUAGCCUAUUCUAUGAUUUUAUUUACGCGGAACCUUAUUCAGAAUUUGAUCAAAUUGUAACUAAUACGCUGUAUGAGAAGAUGACGGAAUGUUUUAGUAAAGAGAAAAACGAAAAAGUCCAACUUAUUAUAUAAGUUACAGAAGUUUUUGAGCUUCACCGUCCCAGCAGUAGGCAUUUCGCUAUAAGAUCCUUUAUUACAUAUAAUAAAUGAAUAAAAUAUCACUAUAA